UUUAUUUUUUUAUUUUCAUCUUAUAUUUUAGGCUCUUUACAUAUAUAUAUAUAUUAAUCUGCUACCCAUGGUUGAUACUAGUCAUCAUAAAUCGUCUUCUCUUAAUGAAGAUAGUGUCAAAGUUCAAGGAAAGGAUCAUAACAUUAGAAACAGCGUUGAACUAAUGCCUAGGUCUAGUUACUUCAAUGAAGGUAAGAUUUAUAUACAUAUAAAAAAUAUCGACAAUAUAGUAGAUGGAUAUUUAUAAUUAAUAUAUAAAAGGUACUGCAAUGGAUCUUAGUAAACGUAAAAGGCUUGGCUUGACUGGACUUUUGCCUGCUCAUAUCGAGACUUUGGAUACACAAAAAGCUCGUGUUUUACGUGUACUCCGUUCAAAGAAAGACAAUUUAGACAAAUAUAUCUUAUUAGCACAAUUGCGUACGUCUAAUGUUCGUCUUUUUUAUAAAAUUAUUAUUGAUGAAUUAGAGGAAAUUGCUCCAAUUAUUUAUACUCCGACUGUGGGUACUGCAUGUACAGAAUAUUCUAAUAUAUAUCCAUUCUUAGCUCCACCUGGUGUAUCUGAUGGUUUAUACCUUACAAAAGCAGAAUUACCCGAGUUAUGUCAAGUUAUCCGAAACUAUUGUCCUGCAGAACAUGACUUUGAUCCCGAAAUUGCUGUUAUUACGGAUGGAUCUCGUAUAUUAGGUCUAGGUGAUCUUGGUUCAAAUGGAAUUGGAAUUCCAAUUGGUAAGCUCCAAUUAUACGUUGCUGGAGCAGGCAUUGAUCCUCGUCGUACUUUACCUAUCAUUCUUGAUGUGGGUACAAAUAAUGAAAAACUUUUAAAUGAUCAGUUUUAUCUUGGUUUACGUCAAAAAAGACCCAAUGAUGAAGAGUUUUAUCAAAUAGUGGAUAAUGUCAUCACAGCACUUCAUACUGUCUAUCCUAAAUUAGUGAUUCAAUUUGAAGAUUGGUCAACAGAACAUGCUUUUGGUUUAUUGGAAAGAUAUCAGCAUAAAACGUUAUGCUUUAAUGAUGAUAUUCAAGGAACGGGAGCUGUUAUCCUUUCAGGUCUUAUUAACGCUAUUCGUAAAGUAGAAAAGGAAAAUAAUGUACCUUCUAAUGAUCAUCGAAUUGUGUUUUUUGGUGCUGGUUCUGCCGCAAUUGGUGUUGCUCGUCAGAUUCAAGCCUAUUUUCAAAUUGAACAUAAUAUGUCAGAAGAUGAAGCUAAAAAAAUAUUUUGGAUUGUGGAUUCUAAGGGGCUCGUAACUACUACCCGAGGCGAUAAACUUCCUCAGCAUAAACAAUAUUUUGCAAGAAAUGAUACAAAUGAUAAACAAUAUAAAAAACUUUUGGAUAUUGUGAAUUAUAUUAAACCAACUGUCUUGAUUGGUCUUUCAUCUGUUACUGGUGCUUUCAGUCAGGAGGUUCUUUCUCGUAUGGCUGAAUUAAAUAAACAACCUAUUAUUUUCCCUCUUUCGAAUCCUGAAUCUCAGGCAGAGUGUACAUUUGAAGACGCAAUGAAAGCUACGGAUGAAAAAGCUAUAUUUGCUUCUGGAACAGCAUUCCCUCCAUAUACUACUAGUAAAGGAGAAAUCAAGUAUCCUGGGCAAGGUAAUAAUAUGUAUAUCUUUCCAGGAUUAGGUCUUGGUGCUAUUUUGAGUCAUACAAAGAUUAUUACAGAUCGUAUGAUUUAUGAAGCUUCAAAGGCCUUGGCAAAUUCAUUAACAGAGGAAGAAAGCGCUAAUGGCUGGAUUUACCCCUCCUUAAAACGUAUUCGAGAAGUAUCUUCUCUCAUUGCUGCAGCUGUCUGUAAAGAGGCUAUUCAUGAAAAUUUGGCUACAUCAGAAGCUGUUAUUCAUGGUUGUAAGAGUGAUCAAGAUUUAAUCGAUUAUGUUAUUUCCCACAUGUGGUCUCCAACAAAAGAAGGCUAUGGUAAAAAGUCAGCAAUUGAAGCUAAUAAGUUAUAAUCUAUUUGCAUAUUAUAUAAAAGAAAAGUCAUCCCCCCUUCUUCUUCUUCCACCUUUAUUGUAACAAAAGAGGGGAAAAUAAAUAUUGGAUUUUCGGACUCAUUAAAACAAAAUGAAUUUUAUUGAUUAAUAGUAAAAGUCCAACUGAGCGUAGGUAUGUUAUAUACCCAAAUUUGCUUGAACCAGUUUAUAAUGUAUAAAAUAAAACCUCUCCCCUCCUUUGUGGACUCAAGGUGGAAAUGUAAUGAGAGAAAAGGAUAGGAAGGGAGUGUGCAUAUUACAU